GUGAUGUCAAAUCGCGCGAAGAGGCGGGGCUAAAACAAAAGAGCUUUGGCAUUUCUCUCCAAACGGUCCUCAUAACAAAAGGAAAAAAGUGAAAUGAUCACAAGAAAAACUAACGCUCAAUAUUCUAAAUGUUUUUAGAAUGUUGUGGUUGUUUUGCAAAACUAUCCCGACAUUCUACAGACUCGGCCGGAAGGAAUGUAUUACUGGGUUCAAAGUUGCUCAAGGACCAAGUUGACGCAGGGGCGGGCAACGAAGGCCAUUGUUGAUUGGACGUCAUCCAAAGUCUUCAGUUCUUCCCGAAAAUUGGUCGGUGAAAAUGUGCUGGAGUUUCUGAUCCAUUUAGCUCAUGAAGUAAUAAUCGGUUGAUUUAUUGUAAAUAUGAAAAUGUGUAAAAUACCUACCUGUUCAUAUAUUUAACCCUUAUCUACAAAUGUGUUGAUUCUAAAUAACAAACAAUAAUCAUCGAAUAAGCUAUUUUAAAUAUUUGAGAUUCACUUUUUAAAAAUGUGUUGUUUUUUUUUUACCUCGUGCAAAUGAGCCGGCGCAUCUUUCCAUUGAAACCAAUCGAAUGUGAGUGAGCGUUGAGUGGCAAAGUUGGCCCCGCCCCGUACAUAAGUAGAAGUUGGAAUUGGAACAAAUCCUUCAUUGCCAUACGCUAAAUAAUAUGCAUGCGUUAGCCACGACCCGCGUGGGGACGAGCGGCACAGAGAAUGGAUGGAAUCUCCCGCUACGACGUCAGAAGGCCAAACUCCAACUAAUAUGAAACUGAACGAGGUCCGUCGGGAGGUGGAGUUGUCGCGCAGGCGCAGCAUCAAGCUCAAGGCGCAAGUGGACAAACUGCAGGAGAGCCGACACGGACCCGGGUGGAGUCGAGACCGAGAGAGGGUGACGGAGGAGAUCUUCUCCAUCUUGAGGCUGAUGCAGCUGAUGCCCGAGCACCAGGGGGGGCGCCGCCCGGACCCGCCGCCCCCCGGAGCAAACUGCCUGGACGCCGCCCUCGCCCAGCUGCAGGACAUCGCCCGCAAGAUGGCCGUCAGCGGCAUCGGCAAAAAGGACGCCAAGUCGCCUCCGGGAGCCGGCGGUUCCGAGGACGGCGCCCUGCUGCAACAGGCGCUGAGGGAUCGAGACGACGCCAUCGAGAAGUUAGUGGCGCGAUCGGCGGGCAGAAGGGCGAGCGGUCUGUCCUUUUCUUCCUCUCACAGCUUGCGUGUGCGGCGGCAGGAAGAAGGCGAUGGAGACGGAGCUCCUGCGCAGCAAGUCGGAGAUGAUGCUGCUCAACAACCAGCUGCUGGAGGCGGCGCAGAAACGCUUGGAGCUCUCUCUGGAGCUGGAGGCCUGGAAGGAGGACAUGCAGCUUCUGCUCCAGCAGCAGCUGCUGCUGCAGCAGCAGGUGGAGCAGGGCCAGAAGAAAACGUCCCGCAUGGGCAUCUUGAGGAGGAACAAGGCGCCUGCACAGCGCCCCGCCAACUUCCCGGUGGCGCCCGGCCCCGCCUCACCCACCUCGCCCACGCACAGUCCCACCCAGAUCUUCUUCGGCCGUCCUCAGAUAUCGCCCGCCCAGGCGGCGCCCACCUGGAGGGACAAGUGGAAGAGGGGCAACGGGGGGCGGCCCUCGCCGCAGGAGGCGCCCCUGCGCGGGGACGACGGCGGCUUCCGGGUGGUCUCGCUCGACUGACGUCCGACCUUCGCGCCCCGCACGCCAGCACACAAAGAGUUGACCACUACGUUUACCGACAAAUGUAUACAAUUUGAUUUUAUUACAGGGGGAUAAUAAGCAACACGAACAAUUUCCCGUUUACAACAACAUGAGGAUGACAAAGUUACCUUCUCUCUCUCUCUCGAAUCUGUGUUUGCUUUGGUUAUGACUUUAUAAAUAAUGCCAGCCGCCACAUUCA